AUGUCGGUGGUGACGCUGCAGCUCGGUCAGUGCGGGAACCAGGUGGCUCACCAGCUGUUCCACGUCGUUUGUAGCGACGCUCAGAACGCACACAAGAAAACAUACAGAGCAGAAAGCUGCGAGCGCUUCUUCCACCAGAACACACAUGGAGAGCUCGUGGCCCGGGCGGUGCUCGUUGACAUGGAGCCCAAAGUGAUCAACCACAGUCUGAGUGAAGCUGCCAGGUCUGGCAGGUGGAGGUACGGAGAGAGUUCACACUUCAGCCAGAAGCAGGGAUCUGGAAACAACUGGGCUAAUGGGUAUUGUGUCCACGGCCCUCGUCACAGAGACGUGGUGGAGGAGUUGGUGAGGCGGGAGGUGGAGCGCUGUGACAGACUGGCCGGGCUGGUGGCCAUGAUGAGUGUCGCAGGAGGAACAGGGUCAGGGGUCGGUGCCUAUGUUACCCAGUGUCUCCGAGACAUCUACCCAACCUCCUUUAUCAUCAAUCACCUCACCUGGCCAUAUGGGACUGGAGAGGUGAUCGUCCAGAACUAUAACUCUGUGCUGACGCUGGCUCAUCUCUACCAGUUAUCAGACGCCAUCCUGGUGCACGAGAACGACACGGUGCACAGGAUCUGCAGUCAGCUGCUCAACAUUAAACACAUCUCUUUCAGUGAUGUCAACAGGGUUAUCGCUCACCAGCUGGGCAGUGUGCUGCAACCCGCGCUCACCACUGACUCCCACGGAGUCUACAGCAGAAACCCUCUGGGUGAGUUGGUGAGCGCUCUUGCCUGCCACCCAGAAUACAAGCUGCUUAGUAUGUGCACUAUCCCUCAGAUGCCCAGUUCCUCCAUCGCCUACAGCACGUUCAGCUGGCCAGCGCUGCUCAAACACCUGCGACAGAUGCUCAUCUCCAACACCAAGAUGGAGGAAGGUAUAGACUGGCAGGUGCGUCCACCUGGAGGCUCUGGCCGAAGCAUGGGUCUGACGGGAGGCAGCUUUAACACAUCUCUGGCCAACCUGCUCAUACUGAGAGGGAAAGAUGUCUACAGUGCAGAGACAGGUGGCUUUGAGGACCCAGCCUUGUACACCUCCUGGCUUUCGUCAAAAGAAGCUUUCAACUCAUGGAAAUCCCCGGUCCCCUUUAAUAAAUAUGAAAAAUCUGCAACGCUGGUCAGCAACAGUCAGGCUCUGCUCAGACCUCUGGAUGACAUGGUGGGAAAAGCCUGGAAUAUGUUUGCCUCCAGGGCAUACAUCCAUCAGUACACAAAAUAUGGCAUCUCAGAGGAGGACUUCUUGGACAGCUUUACGUCUCUCGAGCAGGUGCUCUCUAGCUACAGACACCUGUGCUAGUUGUGGGAAAAACUACCCAACCAACCAUGGUCUAUAUGUAGACCAUAAGUAUAUUUAUACAUAUGUACCAUUUUGUAGGAUGCUCUUUAUAUAUAUAUUUAUAUAUACAUACAUGUAAAUAAAACAGAUGGUUUGCUUUAA